GAAGUGACAGUGACCCCUGGCUGGAAAGUUUAAUCUAUCGAUUGUUUCCCCCUCUCCCUCCCCUCUCCCCUCCCCCCGUCGUCGGAAUAUUCGUUUCCCUUCACGGAUAGCGUGACAAAUCUCUCUUACGAGAGAUUUCGCGUUGAACGCCGAGGGAUCGUGAUUUUACGAAUCCUGAAGGAUCGCCUCUCUUUCUCUUGUUUGCUUCCCAUCUCGUUUCUCUCUCACGGUCUCGCUUCCUCUUACCGCGACCCUCUAACAGUCUCUCUCUUUCUCUCUCUUUCUUUCUUCCUUUCUCUCUUUCUCUCUGUCCGUCCCUUUCCCGCGGUCUUUUCACGAAACUCGAAGACAAACGAAAUACGGUCGAAACAAACGACAACCAUCGUAAAGAUUUUUAUUAUCCCAUAAAUAUGGGAAACACGAAAAUAUCCCACCGGAUUCUAUUCCAUUUCUAAUGGAACAUUUUUCCCCCUUCCCUCGUUCUCGAGCAUCGUCAUUAACGAAUCAAUUGGACAAUCGAUUCGAAAUUUCCCGCUGGGAGAAAGAUGGAUUAACGAAAAAUACAUAUAGAGACCGAGAUAUAUACGUAGAAAAUUUCGAUGAAUAAGAAGCGUGAUUCACGUGCGAUCCCCUGGAAUAACGGGCAUUACACAUUAUUAGAAGCGUAACUUGUUUCCGGGAACGAUGGUAGUUAAUAUCGGGUGGAGGUGAGGCGAGAUAUAAAAUCGAAAGAGGAGACUGUCGUCCUGUCAAUAGGUAAUUGAAGGGUUCCCCGGCGCGCGUCGUAGCGGUAGCCGGCGUGGCGCGGCGCGACGCUACGCGUCCAAGUAGCGCGUUCUCUCUCGGGCCUCUCUCUAUCCCAUAGCCUCCCUCUCCGCGUGCAUACGGAUAAGGCGGGCGAUCGUGGCGGCAGGAGCGCAUUGGAAGGGCCAGAACGGCAGCUGUCGGUAGCGGUCGAUGCGAGGUCCGCUCGAAAGUGUCGGGGCCUACUUCCUCGAGGGCUCGGCAACGACUAAACUCUCUGUCCGCUGGCCGUAUGCGUGCCCGUGGCCGGUCGUGUCAGUACUUUUCAGGUCGGUCCACAGUGCAGUUGGCUUUUACCAUCGAGUUUCGACUGGCACACAGUCGCUCGGGCUGCACGACGAUUCGUCGAGUCGCCGUUGGGUUACGCUCGCGAGUGGUCGGCCGUGCUUCUCCUCUCGUGCAACGCCGUCAAACCGUAAGUGUCUCUCUCCUGUGCACAUCCUGUGUCCCGUGCCUCUGGCCGAAACUCUGCCGCGUCCGUGUGCACGCAUCUCGUACGAGGCGGAAAGAGAGAGGGAGUGCAGCUCACCGAGGCAGCGUUCGUUAAUACCCGCUUCCGGCACGUGGAACCGAACCGCACUCUGUUUUUCUUCGUAGCGCAUCGCUGCUGCCGUCGCUCCAUACUUCUCUCGUGGGAGGUCAGCACCUAGCCGGUAGAAGUCGAAAUGUUGUGAUGGCCGGGACAUCUCGACGUCCGAGCUCUGAGCUCGGACCGGACCUUUCAUCCCCCACGCCGCCCAAGAAAUCGAAAUUCUCCGAGGCCUCGAUCGAGGGAAGAGCCGAGAAGGAACAUGACUUGAGCACGGAGGAGUUGGAGAGCGUGGAGAAAUUGUCGGGUGCGGCGGCAUCCUCCUCGUUGCCUGAGAACACGAUUGAGGUGAUACCGGGGAGCGCGUCGGAAGCCAAUCCGUUCGAGAUCGGCGGGGAAUCUUUGGAAAGCGCGAAACAGAGCAGUUUGGAGGGGCCGGCGAACGUAGCAGGUUCCUCGAAGGAGGGCCACUUUGCCAGUUUCGAGACGAUCGCACAAAUGAAGUACAGCGGGCAGAAAGAGUUGUCCGGUAGUUCUAACAAGAGGUCGGAGUCGGACAGCGACGUGCAAAUUCAAACUUCGAUAAUCGGGGAGGAUGCGUCGUAUCAGGAAUUGUCUUUGAUCGGAAAUGGCGCUUACGGCACGGUGUACAAAGCUAAAGACUUGAACACGGGCCAAGUCGUGGCUUUGAAGAAAGUUAGGGUGCCCCUGACGGCGGACGGUCUGCCUACGUCCACGUUGAGAGAAAUAGCCACUUUGAAGCAACUGGAAAGAUUCGAGCAUCCGCACAUUGUAAGAUUAUUGGACGUUUGUCAAGGGAAUUAUCUACACUUGCCUUCAGCCGAUGGAAGGUCGGAGAGAUUGGAUCGAGGAUUGACGUUGUGGCUUGUGUUCGAGCACGUGGAAAGGGAUCUGGCAUCUUACAUGUCCUCUUGUUCGCAGACAGGAAUCCCUCCUCACGUGGUGAAACAAAUGUCGAAGGAAAUACUCAGAGGUGUGGAAUUUUUGCACAGUCAUAGGAUCAUACACAGGGACUUGAAACCUCAAAAUCUGUUGGUAACCAGGGAAGGAAGAAUAAAAAUUGCAGAUUUCGGUUUAGCGAAAACGUACGAUUUUGAAAUGAGGUUGACUUCUGUGGUCGUGACACAAUGGUAUCGGGCUCCAGAAGUCCUCUUAGGCUGCUCUUAUGCAACUCCUGUUGAUAUUUGGUCUGUUGGAUGCAUUCUAGCAGAGUUAAGUAGACUUGAACCUCUAUUUCCUGGUACGAGCGAAGGUGAUCAACUCGACAGGAUUUUCCAAAUAAUUGGAACUCCAUCGCAAGGGGAAUGGCCUGAAAAUGUAUCUCUCAGUUGGACUGCUUUUCCUUAUAGACAAGCAAAAUCUUUUGCGACUAUAAUAUCUGAUCUCAAUGAAUAUGGGCUAGAUUUAAUUAAAGGUAUGCUUACCUUUAAUCCUCAUAGACGAUUAACCGCGGCUCAAGCUCUCAGACAUCGGUAUUUUGCUGAAGAUGAUUCGUGAUGAUUAGUUUUCUUGAGUAUUUUUUCUUUUCAUCUUUGAUAAUUUUUUUUUUUUAAAUGCAGACUGAUGUUACGGUAUCCAAAAAUACGUAAGCAUGUUAUUUUAUUUUUUUUUUUUUUUUUUUUUUUUUUUUUUUUUUUUUUUUUUUUUUCUCUUAGCGUAAGAACAUCAUAGUACUUUUCUUUUUUUAGAAAAUAGUAUAGUUUAUUACGAAUAUAAUACACGAAUAUGAAUCUUCGUAAUUAUAUACGGCUUAUAAAUAUUCCUUUCUUAUUAAGGAAUUAUAAUUGCAAAAUACGUUUACUACAGUUUAUGAAACCAUCGUUAUAUUUAAAUUCUAUAGCUAUUGCAUUUGAAAGAUCGUCGUAAUUUAAGUAUACAUAGUCGUUAAAUAGUACAGUAAGUAAUAGCUUUCUAAGCUUUGUUUAGAUAAUCAUAUAAUUUCCAUUAUUUGUGUAUGUAACAAUGACAUUAUUGAUAUUUAUUUAAGUAAUAUACCUAAAUAGCAUUUCCGUUUCUAUUUUCUAUUUUCAUAUGAUAGUGAUGAAUCUAUUCGUAUUUCCACGUUAUUUCAUUUUCACGUUAUAAUACCUCUCGACUAGUAAAUAUUUUCUAAUAAGAAUAAAUAGGAUUCAUCUCCGCGCACCAAAAACAAUUUCUUAUAAUGAUUGAUUAGGUGUGCCUUCCAAAGUUGUUGGAAUAUUCAUAACCUAUGCCUUAAUUUUCUAUGUAAUGCUAAACUUAAUUAUAAGCAUAUUAUUAAGUAGCAUUAUUCUUGUAAGACUGGGGCCUAUUGACCCGUUAGAUUCGUUGGAAAGAUAUAGGAUUUCCCACAAAAAACCAGAAAGUACACUGCCAUAUGUAAUGUAAAACAAAUAAUAGCACGUAAAAUGUAUUUUAUCUUCAGUAUAUAUAAAUCAUAUGAAUAAUAUUUAUAUAUACAUAUACAUAUAUAAAUAUUAUUAUAUAUAUAUAUCUAAGUAAGUACAUAAUUUGUAAAAAUACGUGAAAAACCUUUAAAAAGACUGUACAACAAAAUAAAGAUUUUAUAGUUUUAUAUAUCGAAACUAUUCUUAAACCAAAGCUAAGUUAAAUUAAGCUAAAAGAAAUUUAUACUGUUAGUUAGAUGAAGAAACAGAUAAUAUAAUAUCGUGAUGCAACAUCGUAUCGUAUUCAAAUUGGCCGCCAUUUAAUAUUCGUGACAUGGCAUCUUGAACAUUGCCGCUUUUUUACUGUACAACAAUAGUAAUGAAUUUGUGAUAGUCAUGUGUUAAUUUUGUAGACAAAAAUAUAUUGAAUCCGCUCGAAA